CCCCACCCCCCAACUCGGACGCCGGCACUGGCCGGCUGUAGACGAUGCGGCUGGUGACCUCAAGCUAGGCGGCAGGCGCGCCAGCUAUAGUAUUUUCAGCCCGGGUAUGGUUUCCUGGAAAGGCAGCAUCAGGGGCCGGGCUCAGAACUCUUCCUGUCCGGCUGGCGGUCCCAGUCCCGCGCGACAUUUACCUUGGAUCCCAGCCCACCGCGUCCUCGCUCCCCGCGCCGCCGGCCGGACCUCGGGAUGCCAGGCGUCUCCGCUCGGGGCCUCUCCCUCGAGGAGCGGAGGCAGCUAGCUGUGAACCUCACCCGCGUCCUGGCACUGUACCGGUCCAUCCUGGACGCCUACAUCAUCGAAUUUUUCACAGACAACCUGUGGGGCACGCUCCCUUGCUCGUGGCAGGAAGCACUGGAUGGACUGGAGCCACCUGAGCUAGCUACACAGCUGCUGGGGAUGCCUGGAGAAGGGGAGGUGGUCAGGUACAGGUCAGUGUGGCCACUCACCCUACUGGCCCUAAAGUCCACAGCCUGUGCCCUGACUUUUACCCGGACACCCAGCUUUCAGACCCCCUCUGAAUUCCUGGAGAACCCCAGCCAGAGCUCCAGACUGACAGCUCCCUUCCGGAAACAUGUCAGGCCCAAGAAGCAGCAUGAGAUCCGAAGGCUGGGCGAGUUGGUGAAGAAGCUGAGUAACCUCACUGGCUGCACUCAGGUUGUGGACGUGGGCUCGGGCCAGGGCCAUCUUUCCCGCUUCAUGUCCCUGGGGCUGGGGCUGAUGGUGAAAAGCAUCGAAGGGAAUCAGAGGCUGGUGGAGCGAGCACAGCACCUGGACUGGGAGCUCCUGCAGGCUCUGGAGAAGAAAAGGAACCCCCAGGUGGCCCCAGGGGGCCCUCGCCACUGCCCCCACCACGUGGCUCGGUGGGUUGAGCCCACGGCCCUGUGUGAGGAACUUCUGCUUCCCCUGGAGAAGCCACAACAGGAUGGUGGUGCCCGCUUGCUGCUGACAGGCCUCCACGCCUGUGGGGACCUGAGUGUCUCCUUGCUGAGGCACUUCUGCUGCUGUCCUGAGGUGGCAGCCCUGGCCUCUGUGGGCUGCUGCUACAUGAAGCUCAGCGAGCCUGGCGGCUACCCGCUGAGUCAAUGGGUGGCCGGGCUGCCUGGCUGUGAGCUGCCCUACAGGCUCCGGGAAGGGGCCUGCCAUGCCCUGGAGGACUAUGCUGAGCGGCUGCAAAGAGCUGGCCCCAGCCUCCGAACCCACUGCUACCGUGCGGCACUGGAGACCGUCAUCCGCCAUGUGCGACCCGAGCUUCGUCGCCCCAGCGUGCAGGGGAUCCCCAGGGUCCAUGAGCUCCAGAUUGAAGAAUACGUGCAGCGGGGCCUACAGCGAGUGGGGCUGGACCCCCAGCUGCCACUGAACCUGGCUGCCCUGCGGGGUCACCAGGCCCAGGAGAACCGGGUAGUGGCCUUCUUCAGCCUGGCCCUCCUGCUCGCCCCACUGGUGGAGACGCUGAUUCUGCUGGACCGGCUGCUCUACCUCCAAGAGCAAGCCCUACCUUUCUUCCAGGCUUCCAUGCUGAGCUCCUACCCAUCUUCAGCCCUGAGCUGUCCCCCAGAAACCUGGUCCUGGUGGCCACCAAGAUGCCCCUGGGUCCAGCCUUACGUGCUCUGGAGACUGAAGAGAGCUGACACUGCUCGAAGAAGACAUCAAAGACCCCAUCCGAAACCAUCAGGAGCCAGAGGGGCGGAGUGCACCUCCCACCCAGAAAGCAGCACCCUGCAUCCUCCCUCGGAUCCUUCAAGUUAAUACUCUCUCCUGCCAUGUGUUUUGUUUGUUUUUGGUACCAGGGAUCGAACUUGGGUCCUCGCACUUCUGAGGCAGGCAGCAGAACCAUUGAGCUAAAUCCCCAGCCCUCUGCCAUGUUUUGUUUUGGUACCCGGGAUUGAACUCAGGUCCUUGUGCUUGCAAGGCAGGCGGCAGAACCAUUGAGCCAAAUCCCCGGCCCCUCUGCCAUGUGUUUUGUAAUACUGCGUGACGUUUUUAAUUUAUUAAAACCCAAAAGACUUUAU